GGCUUGUAUGGUUUAGUGGGUGGGAUGAAAUGAGGAAAAACUUUGUUCAGUGUUAUUAGGACUUGUUACGCCUGGUUAAUGCAACAGGGAAGAUGUCUGACUUUAGUUAGUGAGGAGGUCUCGAAGAGGAUGUCAGGAAAUGCUGGAAGGGCAGGAGACAUCUCCCAGACAACACAUAAACAAUGAAACCGAGUCUGUAGUAACACGUUCGUUUUGCUUUGCACUCUGGCCAUUUCUUUCAUUUGAUCAGCAGUUCCUGUCCUGAGGAGACUUGGAGUUGUUCAAGAACCUGUGUUUGAACAGUGACCCAGCUACAUGGCGAGAAUGCAGAAACAGCAUUCACCGCAUACCAAGAGGGACAACUCCUGUAGGACUUCAAGGAGCUAUGAGCAGCCAACUAUUGCCUCCAAAUCUCGUUCUCCAUCACCUUAUACAAGGAGACGUAUGUGUGAGCUGUCACAGGAUGCUAAGCAGAGACUGGCCCAUUUAAACUUGGGACCCUAUGAAUUUAAGAAGGAAACCAAUACCAAGCCUCCGUUUGUUGUCAAACAUGUUGACCCUGGUAGUCCUUGUCUAAACACAACACCUACAUCUUGUAUCCUCAAAGGAAGUAUUAAUGUAGAAGAAUGGUCCAGAGUUUGCACUGGCAAUUCAUUACUUGGCAGCUACAAACCUAAGGACUCCAAAUUUACCAAACACCAGUAUAGAGAUGAUCUUGAGGGUUCUCUGGACAGUUUAGAGGACCAUCUGUUCUCAGAGCCAGCUGGCAGGAUGUUCCAUUCAACUAGAUUGUCUCAGUCUGCAUCAUCUGUGCAGAAGCAUCCACCAAGCCCCAUCCUAAAGCGCUCUUCUCUAAGAGAAAGGUUUCAGUCUGAUCAGAGAGCAUCAGCAAACUGGGAGGAAAUCCACACAAGAGUCAAAAACAUGCUUAGGACUCACAGCGGCAGACAACGUUUACAUUCUGAGAAAACUGUGUCAUGGCAAGAUGAAUCUCACAAAUGUAAUACAGAGCAUGAUGACACUUUAGGUAUCAGUGAUCUGAAGGACAGGCCUUCAUUUUAUCCAGAAAAUUCAGUUCAUCUACACAAUGGGGAGUUCUGGUCAAACAAAGCAGCUUUGUAUCGAGGAAAGAGUCACAGAUCUGUGUUUGAAGAAAGCCUAGAUAAAAUAUACAAGAACAUGUACAGAAAAGCCUCUGAAGGAAAUAUAUAUAGGAAGUCUUACAGUUCUUAAUACAUUUUUAAAGCUACAAAUCUAACAUAUAGGUCUCACUAGGUCGCACCACUUGGCGUAGUAUAAAUUAAAAAAACAAUAGUUAUUUAUGAACCCAGACAUAGGGGUAAAAAAGACCCAGCUUGUAUGCAAGAAUCUUUCACAUAUUUCUCAUUUUCCACACUUGCAAGACAUCUAUGCAUCCCCUUUAGCUUAGUAAGUCAUAUGCAAGAGUAAUAGCGGUAGAAGGAAUUGCAAAAAAUAUAUUUACCCCUUGGUGGAAAUCUCACAUUUUCUUUAGUAUUAUAUAGGGUGUUGUUGUAUACCAUUUCCAUUCAGCUUUAGGAACCAAAAGGUAUGCCUCCAUUCCAAAACCAUUUUUGUCCUAUAAUGUGAAAAAUCAUUAGAAACCAGUGUUUCCCUUAAACUGUUUGUAAAUACCAAAACACCUGCAAACUGUUCACUAGGACACACAAUCACUUUUUUUAAUAUUAAAACAAACAUAUGUGAUGAAAUAUAUGCCGUACACUAUUGUUAUUUUACACCAUUUAUUAUAAAUUUAAAAUUGAUAAGUAGUUUUCUAUAUCCUAAACAUGUAUCUGUAAACAUGUGUAAAUGCUUACAGAGUAAUAUUUUUUAUUAAAAGGGUUCUAACAAGA